AUGUCGUCCCAAAACAGUGUGUGCCAGCCAUGCUUCGAGCUCGUCGAGGAAGUGGACGAAGGCAUCUGGAUCGCCGUCAAGCCUGGCGAGCCGCAAGCGGGACGAUUUCUUGCUCGGCGAAUCGACAAACUGAGCGAGCAGCAGCGGCAGGCCGUCGGCAGCCUCAUGGGCAUUCAAGGCCAGGGAUCCGUCGUAGGGCAAGUACUUGGCCACCGGAACCUCGUCUCCCUGGUCGGCCACAUGGAGCAGCCUGGCGCCGGCACCAACACGGGCCCGUCGCCGCCAUGCGGUGCCGGAGCCGACUUCUUCCUCUGGGACCUCUGCGAGGCCGGGAGUCUGGGCAGUCUUCUCUCGGCCGUGCCGAACCAGCCAAACGGCCUUCACCUCGCCGAGUCGCUCUGCUGGCACGUUCUCCGCGCCCUCCUCGGCGCCGUCGUGCAUCUCCACGAUGGCAAGUCGCUCGUCGUUCACCGCGCCGGUGCCGCGCGGGCUUUCCGGUGGCUAUCCGUACGCGAGGACUGGCACCCAAUCCUCCACCGGUCCAUCGAUCCCGGGCACAUCUACUUUCAGCUGCCGAGAGGGAAUGAGACGUACGGGCUCUGCAAACUCGGACACUCUGCCGCCGCCGCCGUUACGGGCCACGUCAUCUCUCCCCACGACGACGACGACGACGAAGACGACGGCGGCAACACGGAGGCCUGGCCUAGCACGGUUGCAGUUUCAAUUAAAAAGGGAUGGGAGCCGCUCGCGAAGACGCGUGACAAGAUUGGCCGGGAUCCAGAAACGUGGCCGGUGGACGAACGCCCCUACACGCUGAGCGACGAACUCUGGUCCAUCGGCAGCGUGGUUUUCACCAUGAUGACGGGCUCGCAGCUCGCCCUCGUCUGCGACCGUUUCGGCUGCGCCCAUGUCACCAAGUGCAGCGAGGGAGGAUGCCUCCGACGGGCGGCGCACGCCAUGGGCUGCCGCUGCGUCGCCGGUGGCUGCCCGCACCUACCUCGUGGGGACUGCUCCCACGCCGUGGCCGACUGGGAAAGGAUGCGCGAUGAGCGGUGCGGGCAGGGCGUGAUCAACGUCGACACGAACUUGGCACGCGCGCCAUACUCGCACUGGUUACGGGAUGCCGUCCGGUGCCUUCUCGAGUUUGAUCCCGCAAGCAAGCUGCUCACGUCGACGGCGUCCAGAUUCGCGACAAUGGCCGAGAUUGGAUUCCGGCAUUGGCGAGAGGGUACCGAGGAGGGACGAAGCUAUGUUGAUGUCGACGAUGAAGGACAGUAG